AGGGGGCAGCACUGCUCUGAUUGUGAAGGAAGCAGGGCAUAACAUACGUCUAUGGUGGAAACCCAACAGUUGGCGGCAUUCAGACCCACAGUAGCCAGUACGUCUGUUUUGUGAAAAACGAAUUAGCACGCACGACUGUCGGGGCUUUAGUGAGAACAGUUGUUACAGACAUAAUUAGCACGGAGAAGAUGGCUGGCGGAUCAGGAAGUGAAGAUUUAUUUGACAGUAUUGUUAUGGCGGAUGAAAGGUUCCGAGGGGAGGGCUACCGGGAGGGAUUUGAGAGAGGGGCCCGCCGAGGAAUGCAGGACGGCCGCAGACAUGGAGCCUCUCAUGGGGCCAAGCUGUCCACUGAGAUUUCCUUCUAUUAUGGGUUCGCCAUCACAUGGAAAUGUCUCCUCCAACAGAACACAGAUAUCAAGUCAAGAAAGCGUAUGAAAGUGCUGCAGUCUCUCCUGUCUUUGAUCCAAAACUCCCCUCAUGGUGAUCCGCAGUCUACAAAGCUACAGGAAUACGUGGAGAAGCUCCGUGCCAAGUUCAGACAGGUCUGCAUUAUGCUGAGUGUCCAAACUGACUUCAAGGACUACAUCAAAUCUUCUGAAGGGACAUCUUUCUGAAUCUCAGGAGCGGGUAUCCUGGAAGACAGAAGACAUUUACAUUUUAGGGCAUUUAGCAGAUGUCCAAAGCUUAUCAGGAGCAAUUUGGGGGUCAGUAUCUUGCUCAAGGACUCUUAGCCACGCAGCUAGGGGAAGUCGGGAUUCAAACCAGUGAUCAUCUGAUUACUAGACAACCUGCUCUACCUCCUGAGCUACAGCUACCCUGUGGAUGGAAGUUAAGCUGCUAUAAGUCAGCACCCCUGAUGUCGGUCUCAUAGGUUGCAUCAGUAAUUGUGUGCAGUGGUUUAAUUUAAGGGUUUGCAGUAUGAAGCACUUACUGUCGGUUUGAAAGUAGUCGUUGCCUUUAUAUUCUGAUGGAAAGGUCUGACAUGUGCGAUUCGACAGUUCUCAUGUGAAGAGGGAAAAUCUGAGAUGUCUGCAGUCAGUGUUCCAGGGUUCACAGCAAAACUUCACAGAAUGAUUGCGAACACUACAGUGACUAAAUGAAUUAACUCAUGCUACUUCUCUGGAAUGGGGGGAAGUAAUCACGUACAGUUUACUCAGGUGCACAAGCAAUAUUCACCUGGUGCUACUCUGUACUCCAUAGUUGUUUUGUUUUUGGUGUUUUUAUCUGACACCUGUAUUUAACUUAUCUGAAAAGAUUUUGCAGCCAUAAGAUUUGAUGCAAUUACAAGUAUUUUUACAAAGUAAAGGCAACAAAAAAAUCUAUAUAUUGCUCAACUAUUUCUGUAUAUCAUUGAUGCUUGGUGUUUUGUAAUUAUUACAUUUCGAAUGAAGUUUACUGUUUCAGUUUACCUCAUUUCAUUUUAGACAAUAAAGUAUGCUUUUAAACAGGUAAAAUA